GUUUUAUUGGCAUUCUUGUAAUAUAAAAAGCUUAGCUUUCCAAGUAUAAAGUUGUUGUAAAGCUCUCUCAUCCUCAAAUUGCUUUUUGUUUAGAUACCACAAUGUUUGCAAAGAAAAAUCACUGGAUUUUGCUAUGGAGUGUUCAGAUCCUUGCAACCAUGGUGUCUUCAGAAAUUGAGACAUUCAAAAUGCCUGCUGGAGAGCAAAAGAUUGAAGUAAUUCGUGGAGACACAAAAAGGGUGUACUUUGGAGUGAAAAAUGUCACCACUGAGGAUAUAAGUAACUAUGACCUUCGUCUUGGCUACAAAACAGCCAACAUUCAACCUGGGAGCACAAAUGGCUUGGAUCAUCUGCUAACUCUGGAUAUCGGUACUUGCAUAAGUGUUGCGGUGGGGACUAAAUGUAAAGAGAUGGAAGUCAGUCUCAACGGAGACCCCGAUUUGCAUGGAGAGAACAUCUCAUUGGUGGUGUAUGUGUACACUCUUCACCCAGUCUUACAGGUGAUACUUCCUCUCGAGGAAACUGAAAGCUUUACGUUACAGGAAUUCAACAUCCAGAUUGUAGAUCCCCCCUCUACUGUUACUACUACCACAACAACAUCACAUGCAUCUCCAACAACAGAACCCCCCGCAGUCACCUGCCCCCCUGCAGUUGCAGCUGCACCCGACACUAUCAUUGCAAUUGGUCUAUCUCAGAGUGGUGGGAAUGCUCUGCUGGCUGUGCUACUAACUACUGCCUUUCUAGUCUCUUUUGGAGGCAACGUUGUCAUACUGGGAAUGUUGUGCUGGGAGAGAAGGAAUAACGAUAAAUGCCAGGAUGAAAGCACGGAGCGCUAUGAAAUGAAUUGAAGCUUCAUAUGCCUUGUGACUAUGACUGGAAAGGCCAAUAAAAGACUUACGAUCAGAACAAUCAAGUUUACGGCUCACUAUAUAGUUUAGGAAUAUAGAUUGUAUAUGCACUAUACAGUAGUAUACAUGUUUAUGUAAUAUUCAUGAGACAUUUUUCAUGGUAA